UCAUAGGUCCGGGGUAACAACACCUUUACAUUACGCAUGUGCAGUAGGAAAUGUUGGGAUUGUAAGCAUUUUGUUGCAGGAAGCAGUGGAUACUGGAAAGCGAAACAUGUGGGGUGAAACUGGGCUUCAUUUGGCAUGUUUAUAUGGGAAUGUAGAAGUUGUUAAACUGUUAUUACAGAACAAUGGAACAACAACCGAGGCAGAUAACAAUGGUCGUACACCUCUACAUGAUGCAGUUUGGCAGGGACAUACAGAGAUUGUAGAAGUGUUAUUGAAGAACAAGGCAAAUGUGGAUGCGAAACGCGAUGAUGGCAGCACACCUUUACAUAGAGCAGCCUGGCAGGGACAUACAGAGGUUGUAGAAGUGUUAUUGAAGAACAAUGCAAAUGUGGAUGCGAAACGCGAUGAUGGGGACACAUCUCUACAUGAUGCAGCCAACCAGGGACAUACAGAGGUUGUAGAAGUGUUAUUGAAGAACAAGGCAAAUGUGGAUGCGAAACGCGAUGAUGGCAUCACAUCUCUACAUGAUGCAGCCUGGCAGGGACAUACAGAGGUUGUAGAAGUGUUAUUGAAGAACAAGGCAAAUGUGGAUGCGAAACGUCCUAAUGGUUGCACACCUCUACAUAGAGUAGCUUAUCGGGGGCAUACAGAGGUUGUAGAAGUGUUAUUGAAGAACAAGGCAAAUGUGGAUGCGAAAAGCGAUGUUGGCCACACACCCCUACAUAGAGCAGCCAAUCGGGGACAUACUGAGGUUGUAGAAGUGUUAUUGAAGAACAAGGCAAAUGUGGAUGCGAAACGCGAUGAUGGCCACACACCCCUACAUAAUGCAGUCUGGCAGGGACAUACAGAGGUUGUAGAGGUGUUAUUGAAGAACAAGGCAAAUGUGGAUGCGAAACGCGAUGAUGACCACACACCUCUACAUAGAGCAGCCUAUCGGGGACAUACAGAGGUUAUAGAAGUGUUAUUGAAGAACAAGGCAAAUGUGGAUGCUAAACGCGAUGGUGGCCACACACCUCUACAUAGAGCAGCCUAUCGGGGACAUACAGAGGUUGUCGAAGUGUUAUUGAAGAACAAGGCAAAUGUGGAUGCAAAACGCGAUGAUGGCCACACAGCCCUACAUGAUGCAGCCUGGAAGGGACAUACAGAGGUUGUAGAAGUGUUAUUGAAGAACAAGGCAAAUGUGGACGAGAAACGUCAUAAUGGUUGCACACCUCUACAUAGAGCAGCCUAUCGGGGACAUACAGAUGUUGUAGAAGUGUUAUUGAACAACAAGGCAAAUGUGGAUGCGAAAAGCGAUGAUGGCCACACACCUCUACAUGAUGCAGUCUGGCAGGGACAUACAGAGGUUGUAGAAGUGUUAUUGAAGAACAAGGCAAAUGUGGACGAGAAACGUCAUAAUGGUUGCACACCUCUACAUAGAGCAGCCUAUUGGGGACAUACAGAGGUUUUAGAGGUGUUAUUGAAGAACAAGGCAAAUGUGGAUGCGAAACGCGAUGAUGGGGACACACCGCUACAUGAUGCAGCUUGGCAGGGACAUACAGAGGUUGUAGAAGUGUUAUUGAAGAACAAGGCAAAUGUGAAUGCUAAAAGCGAUGAUGGCAGCACACCUCUACAAAAAGCAGCCUAUCGGGGACAUACAGAGGUUGUAGAAGUGGUAUUGAAGAACAAGGCAAGUGUGGAUGCGAAAAGCGAUGAUGGCACACCUCUACAUAAUGCAGCCUGGCAGGGACAUACAGAGGUUGUAGAGGUGUUAUUGAAGAACAAGGCAAAUGUGGAUGCAAAACGCGAUGGUGGCCACACACCUCUCAAUAGAGCAGCCUAUCGGGGACAUACAGAGGUUGUAGAAGUGUUAUUGAAAAACAAGGCAAAUGUGGAUGCGAAAAACGACGAUGGGGACACACCUUUACAUAGAGCAGCCUUGCAGGGACAUACAGAGGUUGUAGAAGUGUUAUUGAAGAACAAGGCAAAUGUGGAUGCGAAAAGCGACGAUGGGGACACACCUUUACAUAGAGCAGCCUUGCAGGGACAUACAGAGGUUGUAGAAGUGUUAUUGAAGAAGAAGGCAAAUGUGGAUGCGAAACGUCCUAAUGGUUCCACACCUCUCCAUAGAGCAGCCUAUCGGGGACAUACAGAGGUUGUAGAAGUGUUAUUGAAGAACAAGGCAAAUGUGGAUGCGAAACGCGUUAAUGGGGACACAUCUCUACAUUAUGCAGCCCGGAAGGGACAUACAGAGGUUGUAGAAGUGUUAUUGAAGAACAAGGCAAAUGUGGAUGCGAAACGCGAUAAUGGGGACACAUCUCUACAUUAUGCAGCCUGGAAGGGACAUACAGAGGUUGUAGAAGUGUUAUUAAAGAACAAGGCAAAUGUGGAUGAGAAACGCGAUUGUGGCCACACACCUCUCAAUAGAGCAGCCUAUCGGGGACAUACAGAGGUUGUAGAAGUGUUAUUGAAGAACAAGGCAAAUGUGGAUGCGAAACGUCCUAAUGGUUCCACACCUCUCCAUAGAGCAGCCUAUCGGGGACAUACAGAGGUUGUAGAAGUGUUAUUGAAGAACAAGGCAAACGUGGAUGCGAAACGCGAUAAUGGGGACACAUCUCUACAUUAUGCAGCCUGGAAGGGACAUACAGAGGUUGUAGAAGUUUUAUUGAAGAGCAAGGCAAAUGUGGAUGCGAAACGCGAUGAUGGCCACACACUCUAGAUAGAGCAGCCUGGCAGGGACAUACAGAGGUUGUAGAAGUGUUAUUGAAGAACAAGGCAAAUGUGGAUGAGAAACCCGAUGAUGGCAGCAUACCCUACAUGGUGCAGCCUUGCAGGACAUACAGAGGUUGGUGGUAAG